AUGGAUUCAGAUACAUACAACAAGAUAAAUCCCCAUUUACAUGCAACAUCAAUGAAAAUUUUUGGUUACAAUGCAGACAACCCUCUGCCACUUCUUGGCAAGUUCAGUACCACUGUCAUUUCAAAAGUCACUGACACCUCGGCAGAUGUACAGUUCUAUGUAGUACAUGGUGGUGCAGGCAAUUUAAUGAGUUAUCAAACUGCGACAGAUCCGGGUUUGUUACACAUUGUAAACAGUGUUUCAUCCUCAGAAGCAUCAAACAACAUCAUAAAGCAGUAUGAUGACCGUUUCCAUGGCCUUGGAAAAAUGAAAAGGAAAAUCGCGAAGCUACACAUCAACCAAGAAGUCAAAGCACUUGCACAGAAACAUAAAAGAAUACCAUUUAACCUUCGAGACCAGGUAGAAGCCGACAUCAGAAAAUUAGAAGAGCUUGACAUAAUAGAAAAAGCCGAGGGCCCUACACCUUGGGUGUCGCAGAUAGUAAUUGUCCCAAAGAAAACAGUCACUGACACCUCGGCAGAUGUACAGUUCUAUGUAGUACAUGGUGGUGCAGGCAAUUUAAUGAGUUAUCAAACUGCGACAGAUCUGGGUUUGUUAGACAUUGUAAACAGUGUUUCAUCCUCAGAAGCAUCAAACAACAUCAUAAAGCAGUAUGAUGACCGUUUCCAUGGCCUUGGAAAAAUGAAAAGGAAAAUCGCGAAGCUACACAUCAACCAAGAAGUCAAAGCACUUGCACAGAAACAUAAAAGAAUACCAUUUAACCUUCGAGACCAGGUAGAAGCCGACAUCAGAAAAUUAGAAGAGCUUGACAUAAUAGAAAAAGCCGAGGGCCCUACACCUUGGGUGUCGCCGAUAGUAAUUGUCCCAAAGAAAACAGGUAUACGCAUUUGUGUUGACAUGAGGGCUGCUAAUGAAGCCAUAGAGAGAGAACGACAUCCUGUACCUACCAUUGAAGAUCUCAUAGUUGACUUGAAUGGAUCCACUGUUUUCAGCAAAAUUGAUUUGAAUCAAGGGUAUCAUCAACUGGAGCUAGAUAACAGUUCCAGAAGUAUAACCACAUUCGCUACACAUCUUGGCUUAUACAGAUAUAAGCGGCUUAGCUUUGGCAUCAAUUCAGCCUCUGAAAUAUUUCAAAAAGCUGUGGAAGAGGCACUUCAAGGAAUUCCGGGGGCACGGAACAUAUCUGAUGAUAUAAUAGUGUUUGGAAAGUAUCAACACGACCUUGAUAUUGCGCUGCAGGCUGUUCUCCAAAGAAUUAGGGACUGCAAUCUUACUGCCAAUCCUGACAAAUGCCUUCUCAAUCAGUCUUCAAUUGACUUUUUCGGUCAUUGUUUUACAGCUGAAGGUAUUAGCCUUGACCAGGGCAAAGCUGAAUCCCUUCUUAAUGCUUGUCCUCCCAAAAAUGUGAAUGAAGCAAGGAGCUCUCUGGGCAUGGCCCAAUAUCUGUCAAGAUUCAUCAAGAACUUUGCAUCAAUUUCAGCUCCUAUUCGUCAACUUACAUGCAAGGAUGCAAAAUGGGUAUGGGGACCCCAGCAACAGCAAGCAUUUGAUUCUCUGAAAGCUAAUAUGAUUGCACGUCCCAAUCUCAUGAAGUACUUUGACCCUCUCCUUGAAACAGAGCUAGUUGUAGCUGCUAGCCCCAAUGGCCUUAGGGCCAUUCUUACACAAGUGUCACCCACCAAUGAAAGACAUGUCAUUGCCUAUGCAAGUCGUUCCCUCACAGACUGUGAAAGCCGAUACAGUCAAACAGCGCGGGAAGCACUCGCAGCAGUGUGGGGCGUAGAAAAUUUUCAUCUCUACUUGUAUGGGUCAACAUUUUGCAUCGCUACUGAUCACAAACCCUUAGAGGCCAUUUUCAACAAGAAAUUCAGGAUGAAACAUCAAAGGACAAAACACUACAAUGUUUAUCAGAAGUACUACUAUCACAACAAUGGCAUAAGUGGUCAUCAAGGAAUAGUGAAGACAAAGUGUCUGCUUAGAGAAUCUGUGUGGAUUCCUGGGAUGGACAGGAUGGUAGAAGAAAUGGUGAGUCAAUGCAUUCCAUGUCAGGUAGCUAACCAUAGCUCAUUACCUUCAUGCGAGCCAUUGAGUAUGUCUGCUUUGCCAUCUGGUCCAUGGCAGGAACUUUCGAUUGAUUUCUGCGGCCCCUUUCCUGGUGGCGAUUAUUUACUUGUUGUCGUGGAUGAUUACAGCAGAUAUCCAGAAGUGGAAAUUCCUCAUCCAGACAGCAUUUUUUCCAGGCAAGGAAUUCCUAAUGUUGUAAGAACAGACAAUGGACCUCCUUUCAAUAGUCAGGAUUUUCACUUAUAUGCCACACACCUUGGUUUUAAGCAUCGUAAAGUGACUCCAGCAUGGCCCAAAGCCAAUGGAGAGGUAGAGAGAAUGAUGAGAACUCUGGAGAAAGCUAUAAGGAUAGCAGUUAUUGAACAUAGGAGUUGGAAGCAAGAGCUCUUUACUUUCCUGCGCCAGUACAGAGCAACCCCCCAUAGUACAACUGCUAGAUCACCCUCAGAGCUUCUGAAUGGUAGGAAAUUAAAAUCUACACUACCCAUCCACAAGCAGGAACAACCAUUCCAUGAUGUCAGACAGACAGAUGCCAACAAGACAGAGAAGAUGAAAGCUUAUGCAGAUAAACACAAUCAUGCUAAGCACUCUGAUUUUGAGGUUGGAGAUAGAGUUCUCAUUAAGCAACCUAAACACAACAAGCUUUCAACCCCUUUUUGUCCAGAGCCAUUGGAGAUAACACAAAAGAAAGGGAGUAUGGUUACUGCUCAAAAUGCAGACCACUCAGUGACAAGAAAUAGCUCAUUCUUCAAGAAGCUUCCUUCAAAUACUCCAGUGUCUCCGAAUUUAAAUGACUGUGAUGAUGAAAUUCAAGGGGACUUACCGACGCCAGUUGUGCAUGCUGAUGAAUCGUCUUGUCAGCCAAGAAGAUCUUCACGCAUCAGAAGACUUCCAACACAUUUAAAGGACUAUGAGCUAUAG